AUGUCUUAUGAUAAGUUCACGGAUACAAGUAUGGCUGCUGCAAAUGCUGGACAGAUUAACCAUGCGCAGCCUGGCCCCAUUGACACGUCAGUGUUGACGUUGCAGCCCAACCAUCGAUCAGAAGCCAUUUGGAAUGGGCAGGAUCCAGGGUCCCUUAAAUGUCGUGCCCGUAGUGAAGAGUUCUCGAAUCGAGAGCCAAUGGUGGACGAUCGAGUCAUUGACAUCAUUAAGGCACUUGGUUUGGAGGGACUUCUCAGGACUCCGGGUAGAGAGAUUGAUCAUGGCCUGAUAACGGCCUUAGUGGAGAGAUGGCGGCCCGAGACUCACACAUUCCACAUGCCGCAUGGUGAGGUCACCAUCACACUGCAGGAUGUGGAGGUUCUUCUUGGACUUCCUGUUGAUGGUGACGCUGUAACAGGGAGCACACAAAAAGAAUGGGAGAAUGUGUGUGAUGAGUACCUUGGCUUUCGACCUACCAAUGAAGACCAUCUAGAACGUGCUGGCCAAAGGAUUCUCAUAAAACGGCUUUUGGAGCAAGUUGCCCAUCCGCUGCCGCCUAAUGCUGAAGACGAUGAAGUGCAUAGGUACGCACGAUGCUACAUCCUAGCGCUAUUGGGGGACACAAUCUUCAUGGACAAAUCCGGUGAUAGGGUGCAUCUAAUGUGGGUGCAGCAGUUGGAAGACCUUCGCAACCCACGAAGGUAUAGUUGGGGAAGUGCUUGCCUUGCAUGGUUGUACCGACAGUUAUGCAGGGCAAGCGAUAAGAAAGCUAGUCAGAUUGGUGGGUGUUUAUUGUUGGUCCAGUAUUGGGCGUGGGCCAGAUUCCCCUUUUUGUGCCCGGCAGUUGAGCGUGGCCCACCAGUGGGUGCUUAUGGUCCUCUAGUGCGUGGUCCACUGUCCCUUAAGUGGGUGUGGGUCCCAAACAAGAAAAAUAGGCCCGCCCAGGUCUUCAGGGACAGGUAUCGGGAGCAAAUAGCUUUAAUGUUGCCAAACCAGGUGGUGUGGCAGCCGUAUGAAGAUGAAUACGAGAACCUUCCGCCGUGGUGCGUUGCAGGGAGGGCAGUGUGGACGGCAAUCGUGCCGCUUGUAUGUUUCCAUCUAGUAGAGAAACAUACACCGGAUCGUGUCGUUCGGCAAUUUGGGAUGAUCCAAGAAAUUCCCCGCGAUGUUAACACGGACCCGGUGCUUCAUGGAAUUGAUUUGAGGGGGAAGAUAGGUGUUGAUUGGAUGCGGAGACAUGCUAUGUAUCUCACGGACUGGGGUCAUCGUCUUCAACGGCGUUGUGAAGCAGUGCUUGGUGAUAUGCCUCUACAGCACGAGUACUUCGAUUGGUUCACAAGGAUAACUCGAAGGUUUAUCGAUAUCCCUGGUGCUAGAUUCAUUCUAAUGAUUGAAGGAUAUGUCCGUAUGAUGCGCCGUCACCCAGUGGGCACGGAGGAGCACAAUGACAUUAUUAAUGUGCUGGAGGCAGUGCAUGAGAUUGGCCGUGUACGACCUCGGGAACCUGAGGCCCCGAACGAGGAGGCAGCUACUCCUGCGGUUGUCCCUACCCUCGAUCCCUCUCCAUCCACCGCACAUCCAUCCCUUAGCCCCACCAUCCCUUCACCCACCCCACAUCCAUCCGUUAGCCCCACCAUCCCUUCACCCACCUCACAUCCAUCCCCUACCCCUACCAUCCCUUUAGCCACUCCACAUGAGUCCCCUAGUCCCACCAUCCCUCCACCCACCCCACAUGAGUCCCCUAGUCCCACCAUCCCUCCACCCACUCCACAUGCCUGUCCUGGGUCUGACAUUCGUCCACCCACCCCACGGUCAUUUCCUGAGCUAUCACCUAUUCCAUCAUUUGACCUGGGUCUUGAUCAAACCCCUCCUGACUUGCAACAGGACCCACAUUCCCACAGUACAUCCACUGGCCCACCCCAUGUUCAGCCUGAGCAGCCUGUUGGGUUAGCUGCAGCGGCAGAAGGUCGGCCAAAACGCAUAUCUAAGGCACCUCCUUGUGGGACAGGGGGGCACAAACAUGGACACAACGCUGGGCCGGAGGCAUCUGAUGAAGGACAUGCAAGACCUCCUCCUUAUUAUACGAGAAAGCGUAAGGUUCAAAAAAGCCAUUUACCUCUGAAGAAUAAAGUGGCUGAGCAAAUCUCACUUGAUCCAUUGACAAAUAUGACAGGCGAUGUCUGGCAUGUAUUCCUGAAAGGAGACUUCAAACACAUGCUUUAUGGCUACAAAUUUGAUGGAAAAUUCUCCCCAGACGAAGGGCUUUACUAUGAUUCUUCUCGGAUUCUAUUGGAUCCUUAUGCAAAAGCAGUUAUAAGCAGAGGUGAGUUUGGUGCUUUAGGAGCUGAUGGUAAUUGCUGGCCCCAAAUGGCCUGCAUGGAACCUUCUUUUGAUGAUGAGGAGCUAAAGGUUAGAUGUAAAUAG